UUUCUCUGUUGCAAGGGGCAAGGUCUGUUGUCAUUCACUGAGUGAAAACAUGCAAAAAAAAAUCAAUCAGUCACUGACAUUCAGCACACUAAAACCAGAUCCAGCCAAGUCUGGGAUGAACGCUUCUCUUGGGUUUCUCAAACAUUCAGAGAUUACUUGGAAACAAAUACAGGUUAAAAGGUGAUUACGCUCAAAAUAUAAAAUAUCAUGUGUGUGUUUUACCCACAGGAAAAAAAAAAUCAUCCAAACUACCAAUCAAAGAUAAAAUGAAGUUACAGUUUUAUCUUCUCGUGGUCUUCYUCUGCUGCCUCCCUGGAAGCCAAGCCAACCGUGUCUACGUUCAUCCCUUCUAUCUUUUUGCUGCUGAGAAUGUCAGCUGUGAGCCUCUGCAGAACCCGGCCGUCAAGCCUCCGAAGACCAUCCCUGUGGCCCCGCUGGACAUUGACGUCUUGACACCAGACGACAGGGAUCUGUCAAAACUGGAUGCRCAGAGGAAGAACAUCACAGAGAGGACCAACAUCCUGGCUAAGCUGUCCAACAUUUUGGGUGAGCGGAUGUAUCAGGCUCUCAGCAAAAGACAAAACAGCACCAACAUCCUCCUCUCUCCRGUCAGCACUUUUGGGUCACUUGUCAACUUCCACCUGGGAGCCUCUAAGAGGACAGCCAAGUCUUUCCAGAACCUUCUUGGCCUGAGUAGGGGCACUGAUAGAGAGGACUGUGUAUAUUUAGUGGAUGGACACAAGGUUCUAAGUACCCUACAGGCCAUUAACUCUAUGGUGGAAGAUGGACCCAAAGACCAAAUCACCACCCAGGUGUGGGCCUUUGCUCCCAAGGAUGUUCAUCUCUCUGGAGACUUUAUCCAAGGCACACAAGAUUUCUCAGACGUGUCAUUCAUUCGGGGCAUGGACUUCUCAAACCCCCAGGCAGAAGCACUGGUGAACAGCUUUGUGGAGAGGACCUCAGAUGGGAAGAUGAAGAACAUCUUCACAGAUUUGACCCCAAGCACCAACUUUCUGUUCAUUUCAUCCUUCAGCUAUAAAGGCAACUGGACAACCGCUUUCCAGCCAGAUAAAACCUCCUUGCAGGAGUUUCACGUGGAUAAAACAACAACAGUAAUGACUCCAAUGAUGACCCGCACAGGACACUAUCACUACUGGAAAGACGAGGGGAACAAGUGCACAGUUGUGAAGCUCUCACUGAGUAAACAUUCUUACAUAUUGCUGGUUCUGCCUCAUGAAGGCGUCGGUUUCCGUGAAAUAGAGUCAAAAAUGUUAGGAACGCUCAUGGAAAGAUGGCACCAGAACCUCCAGGAAGGCCUUUUAGAGCUGACCCUUCCUAAGUUCUCUUUGUCUUCUGAGAACAACGUGGGUAACCUGCUGAACAACAUGAACCCGAUGCUCGAGUCUGGCCUGUUGGGCUCCCAGGCUGAGUUCAGUCAGCUCAGCAACACCAGUCCAUUCACCAUAGAUAAGGCGAUCAACACCGUGCACUUCGAGAUGUCAGAAGGAGAAGCAGACCCUCAGGACAAAGAACAGGAAGCAGGGAUCCCUCUGAAACUGUCCUUUAGCAGGCCAUUCUUCUUCUCCGUCAUAGAAGGACAUUAUGCAUCCUACCUCCUCAUGGGAAAGCUUGUCAACCCUACAGUCUAAAGGCUUAUACUUCGAACAAAAAAAACAUGUAUCUAUCUGAAAAAUGACAAUAAUGCAAGAUUAAGCUCAGGGUAAAAAAAGAUGUCUAGCAAUGUUUAACAGUACUAUUGUUUUUCUUAGCUAUGCUCAUCUUACAGUAAAUUUAGUCAGUGUGGGUCCCGUUGCAGUAUUUAUAAAAAAAGGUUUUACUACACGCUGACUCGUUUUUAUAGUCAUUUAAUUAAAAUCUCUCAGCUUCUCUACAAUAUUUUUCAGAAAUACAUUUGUUAAGUUUUAUUUGAAAUGACUUCUUUUGCAUAUUGUAAUUAGGAACCUAUUUUGUGAUAGCAAAAAUAAAACUUUUCCUGAACAAA